CCCUCCAUUCAAUUGUUAGCCAGUGCCGGAGUCGAGCAGUGCAGUGUCAAUCGGAUUACCAGAUACUCAAGCCCAAGGAACCAACGAUCAUCGAAUCAACUCGAAAUGGCCGCCAACCAGAAGAUUGUGUUUGCCCUCGUGUGCCUGUUUUUGGCCUGUGACUUGGUGCUGGGUCAGCAGCCGGCGGCCAACAGCUCGGAUGCGGAUUCGGAUGUGGCGGAAAGUCGUACUUUUGGCCACCAUUUCCUGCGGCGCAUCAGCUUUGCUCUGGUGCCCGGCGCCUUCGUCGUGGGCGUGAUCACCACCCUGCUGGCGGCCUUGACCGUGGUCUCCAUCAAGGGCCUGGGCGUGGGCGUCAUCCUGCUGGUGCUGGCCAUCGGCCAGAUGUUGUCCCGAGCCCUGCCCGUCCAGGCAGCCGCCGCCUAUGCCGCCGCACCCGUUCCCGUCCAGGCGCCAGUGCCCGUGGUCUACUCGCACUCGCACACCCAGCAGCCCGUGUGGCUGGAGAAGGAGUGGUAGACGGUGGUAGUUCGAAUGGGCCAGGAUAACUGAUGCAGGACGAGUUGGUAGCGAGGUGGCCAGGACUCACACUUACCUCAGCCUCAGCGAGCAUGCAACCAAAUAAUAAUUUAAGUCUAGUUUAAAUUAUUUAUUUAACUUAUUUAUUUAUUACAAGUCAAGGAUGGCCAAGUCACUAAGCAGAGAAUUUUUGUUAUUGAGUAAUAAUGAUGAUUAGUCGGCUAAAUGAUGUAAUACAUUUAAAUUUAUUCAUAUUUAUUACAAUUAAAUGAUGCAAGAACCUUCA